AUUUAAUUUUACUUGUCGGCGGAUUUUGGUUCCUGUAGUAUAAUCUCCUAUCGAUUGUGAAAUCUACUGAAUUUAUAGAAAAUGGAGAAACAACCAGAAAAAAUAGAUUUACAAGAGAAAGAACAAGUCCUGUCUUACAUCAAAAUCCUCUCUGCUAUAGGCCUCUUUCUUGGAAUCUGCAGUGUAGGAAUCGGUAUUGCUGUGCUUGCAUUAAUGGACGGUGCCGAUUACCCACUUACAACAGGAACCGGUAUUUGGUUUGCAGCCAAUCCCAUAGCGUUUGGAAUAGUAGGAAUCGCUGCUGCUAUGUCAACAAAUGAAAUAACACAAAAGAAAUUGUUGACCGGACAUUACGUUACGGGCAUUCUCCUUAUCACACAAGGCUACGCCUUCACUACUGCUAUACAGGGUGUGAUAGAAUGCAGCAAUGGCAGUGAAAAAUGUGGAUCAAACGCUGAUGCCAAGGCUGCUCUCCGAGGAGUUCUGAUUGGAAUUAUCUUUUUCGCUUAUGUGGUAGGCUCCGUUUCUAUGGGAAUUCAUUCUAAAAAGAAGCAUGUUCUGCACCCAGAUUGGAAAGGAAGAGGAUGCUGUGGCAGUUCAAGUGAUUAAAUACCCGAAAGUUUUUUCAGCACUUUACAUCGAUGAGUAUAAUGUUUGCUAGAGUUAUCCAUCAGCAUGUCCCCAAGGAAGAGAGAUUAUUAUAGGAAAAAUUCAAAGGCAUUGAUUUCGUAAAGAGGAGGAAAACAUAAAUUAAGUGAUAUACUGCAUCUUUCAGUUUUUUGUGCUGAUGUGUGAUUACACUCUUUUAUAUUGGCAAUUAUGCUUUAAUGGAAAGGUACAGAACUUAUAUAUAGUUAGCAUAGUUCUUCCACUUUUACAAGGAUGGAUUAUUAUGAGAGAAAAUGAGUGAAAGGUAUUAUACUUAAGAAAUAAAGUAUAGAAUAAAUAUGACCAACUUUUCUUUGUUUAAUGUCAAGGUAAACUGACCAAUUUCUUUUUAUAAAUGCUUAACUACCUCGAUGGAAAUGCAUAUCUUUAAAUUUGAAGUGGUGCUUUCCAUAUUUCAUAACCUUCCGUACUCUAAAAUCUGCUCGAAAAAAAAUCUUCAGAAACAGUAUCAGAUCUCAUUCAGUGGUUACUUUGUAGUAUCCAGAAAAAGAUGCUUUUUGAACAAACAUAACUUCUCUGAGGUGUGCCAUAGGAAUUCAAUGUAGUUCACACCCUUCUUUCCCAGACUAUAGAUGAAACUCAUCCACUUCAGUUUGCUCCACAUAUAAUUCCGCAAUCCACCAACGGUGUUUAUUGCCGCAUGGAUAUCACAGCUCCUUGAAAAAAAUAUUUAUAAAUCAUUCUAUUAACUUUGUAGAAAUGUGUUCUGUACCUCUUUCUUAUUCUCAUACAACUUAAGAGCUUCUAGAUUAAGUUCAUUUUUACUCAAUAUCUUGUUAAAUAGAUAUUCUU